AUCUUAGAUUUUCAUGAUGUCACAGGAAGUCACAUGCUGGAGUGGUCCCUUUAAAUAUACACCUACAUUUAACCGCAGUGUUGUGAAAUAAGUGAUCAGAAGGUUAAAGAUUAAAUGGAGAACCCAUCGGAGGACCCAUCGUCUCAACUUUCACUCCGUAAUGCCUCCUGCUCCCUCUGUCCCUCAGCGGCAACGCUCUACUUCCUCCCCUCCAUCUACGCGCUCCUCUUCCUCACCGCUCUGCCGGGGAACCUGCUGUCUUUGUGGGUGUUCCUGCGCUGCAUCUCUUCCAUCUCCCCCACACACGUUUACCUCACCCACCUGAGCAUCUCUAACCUGCUGAUGGCCAUCAUGGUGCCCUUCCUGGCGGUGUACUUCGCCAUAGGCACGCACUGGUCCAUAAGGGACAUCCCGUGUCAGAUAGUCCUGCACGGCAUCACCCCUGUGCUCCACAUCAACAUCUACAUCAGCCUCCUGAUCCUCACCUGGGUGGCGCUCAGCCGGUUCGCCGUGCUCAUCCGGAACACCCACGCCUCCCGGCCCAGCGCCUGCAUCUCACUGCUGCCCCACAGCUUCUUCUCGAGCCUCACGCGGGUCUCCUUCGCAAACGGGGUGUGCGCCACGCUAUGGGUGGUGGCGGUGGGGGGCAUCGUUCCGGUGACUGUUUACUACUCUAUAAACGAGGCAACAAGAAGUGAGGAGGUGUGCUACAGCCCGGUGGUGGAAAUGGGAGGCAGCGUGUCUUCAACCACCAGCGUUUCCCCUGUAAUCCUGUUCUUCGUCCUCUACCUGCUGGUGCUGGUCUCGUACAUGACCGUCCUGAAGCACAUCAGACGCUCGCGCCGCAACGCAAUCAUCACCAGCUCACAGAGCCUGCUGGCGAGGGUUUCCAGAAACAUCGUGGUCAUCCAGGUUGUCCUUUCUUUGUGUCUGUUGCCAUACCACAUCUUUAAACCCAUCUUCAUCAUUCUGGCUCAUUAUCAGCCUGCCUCUCUGCACUCCUGUUCUGCCACCACCUGUCACCCCCUGAGCGUCUUCAUCGAGCUAAAGAACUGCCUGUUUCUGCUCGCCGUUCUGAGAUCCUCCACUGACCCCGUGAUGUACUUCCUGUUGGACAGGACCUUUCGCCAGCAGGCCCACAGUCUCCUAAGGAACAACAAGCGGGACUUUAACAAAGGCCAAAUGGUAUGGACGACUACGGGGAGUGCAAAUCAGAAAACAGAAAAAGUCGGGGACGGAAAUGUGAUCUUAUCGAGUGAGGUGUUAGCUUGCGAAAAAAGUUAACAGAUAAAGUGCGAUAAAUAAGAUGUGCAUGGAUUAUUUCUUAUGCAUUAUAAAAACCGGAAAACAUGAGGAAGAACCGACGUGUCAAGCUGAACGUGUUUUAGACAUUUUUUUUUUUCCCCCAAAGUGCCCCAUGUGUCACAACAACACUGCAGAGAUGCAACACGUCCAUCGUGGGACAGAAUGCAUGUGUGUUGGGCCUCCAGCCAUGAAGAGGAUCAAAGACACUGAUAUAAGAACUAUUACUCCCACAAUGCAUUGCAUUAACCUACUUCCCAUUUAGCAGGAAGAGGAGGAGUUUCACUGAGUGAAUAUGUGACAUCAUGUUAACAGGCCAGUCGAUGAAAGAAGUUGUCCUCUGUUUUAUCCCAUCAAAGAAAUAAAACCCUGGCUAGGAAUCUUUGAUUUACUGAUUCCUGACAACUGAGCUUCAGCCGCCGUUGUUUUCCCUUAGCUGGAGAGCAAAGAAGAGGUUAACCGUGGUGCCGCAAACAGUGCUCCCAUCCACUGGCUCCCUUCCUUUGCCCUUCAUGUUCACCAUAAAUAUCCUUGGUUCUUAAAAACUGUUCAAGUAAAGUCUGUGUCUGGACAGAGGUAAAUUAGUUAGGACAAAGCAACGUAUUGCCUCAUUGUGUUUUUGCAUUGUGCAUGCUUAAAACUUUUUGCUUAAAAAAGUUUAAAACAGUUUGCUAGCCUUAGAGCUAGCAAACUGGAUUGAUGGCUCCAGCUUGCUAAGGUACUUGAGAGUCCAGGAACAUGAGCUUGUCUGCAUUUUUUACUGGUAUUUUUCCUUUCCUUUCUUUUCGCUAGUCUAUAUGAAACAGCUGUAGAGCAAGCUAAAAGUCAGUCUCCUGAAACGCUAAAUGCUAGCUAAACUAAGCUAAUAGUUAAUGGAAAGCAGUAACCAAGACUAUCAGUGAUUCAAGCUAUUCAAACUUGAUCCACUGAGUGGUUUCAUCACUGAUGGUCCAGUAACAUGAGCUUGUCUAUAUUACUGAUAUUUUAAAAUCUUUUUCUUCUUUUUCUUUUUGCUAGCUUAUCUGAAAUAGCUCUACAGCCAGCUAAAUGUCUGUUCAUGCCACGGUCAGCCUCGGCAAACCGCAGGUGCUCAAAAACAAUUAUCGCUAUUAAUGGUGCUUAGACUUGAAAAAGAUAGCUAAAACUAAAAAAAAGAAAAAAAAAAUAAUAAUAAAAAAAAAAAGAAGCAAUGCCUAAAGUAGCUUCUAGUUGUCCGUUUAGUCAGCCAUCUUGUGAGAGGUAACAGGAUUUGGUGAGAUCUUGGUAUUUACGUUUUGGCAGUUUAUUUGUUUUCAUUAUUUUUUCAUCUUGUUACAAUAGCCUCAUUAAAGUAUUUUAACUGUAAGGUUGUAUUUUUUUUUGUUAAUAGACUUGGAUAUAUAGAAGGUAAGCUGUCUAUGAUCAUUUCUGAGUGUAGAGCUUGCAGUUUGAAGAAUGCUGGGCUUAUACGUUCAUUAAGCAUCAUUUCAAUACCUAAGCCUUAGCAGACAGAUAUUUAUAGACAAUAACUGAGACUGAGCCAUGCCACACAGACCAUGGAUCAGACCAUGGAUCCCCCUUUCCCUAGACAACCAACAAGUUUCAGCAAGAUGUUGGAGCUCGCUUUAAGUCAACAAUUUCUUAAUAUUGAUGAAGUUUUUGUUCCACUCGCAGAUUUUUCCCCAUGUGAACAUGAAAUAAUCUGUACAACCUGCACAAAUAUUUAAGCAGAUGGGAAGUUUGCAUUUAUAUUUAUACAGCUUCCUCUUUUUUAUUCUGUUAUUCUUUUCUUCUUUUUUUUUUUUUACACUUUGUCUGACUGGUUUCUGUUUGAGAUCUGACA